AUGAUUGUUCUGAUUGGCCUAGCUCAAAAGUGACGUUUGCAGCCAUUUCCUGUUUAGUUGCAAUCUGCAAUCGAGUGGUGAUUUGUUUUCAUUGUUCGUAUUUUAGAUUGCUGAAAUAAAUUAAAAAUAUUGUCUAAUUACAGGUACGUUGAAUUCAUGAUGUCACGCGUCAUCAUCAUUGCAAUAUGACCUUAUUUUUAAUAACGUGAUCUUCAUGAAAUUUUUCAUCGGACCUCAAGGAUGAAUUGUGCCUUUCCAAGAAGAUAGAUGGAGGAUUUUGCUCUUUGGAUUUCGUUUUAAUCGUCUAUCAAUCUAUUUUCCAAAGGAGACCAAAGUUGUGGACUUGAUUAUUCAAAAAUAUAAUUUAUAAAGAACUAUUUGAAUCAAAGACUUGAAAUUUACAAUGUCUGUCCAUUACCGAUUCAAGAGCAAUAUUGGCCAGGAUACAGUAAUUUUUGAUGGCUUAUACAUAUCAGUUGCUGAUUUAAAAAAAUCAAUUAUGCAACAGAAGAGGAUCGGAAAAAGCUCGGACUUUGAUCUUCAAAUAACAAAUGCUCAAACAAAAGAAGUUUAUGACAAUGAUGAAGUUCUUAUUCCAAAAAAUACUUCAGUUCUAGUGGCUAGAAUUCCUGUUCAAGGUGGAAGCAAAAAAAAUUGGGAUAAACCUGAUCUUCCACUACCGAUAGAUGAUGAUGACUUAGGGGGCCAUAUUCGUUAUGAUAAAAUUGCUAAAAGUGCGGAUUUACUAAACGCAAAUACAUCUGAAGAAGACAAGGUCAAGGCGAUGAUCACACAAUCAUCUGUCGAAUAUGAUCCAUCUAAAUACAUGAAGAGCCGUAGUAUGACAGGACCACUUCCCCCUGCUUAUAUGUGUUAUCGAUGUGGCAAAUCCGGUCAUUGGAUAAAAAAUUGUCCCACUAACAAUCCGGAUGUGAAACGUAGUACAGGAAUCCCUCGUAGUUUUAUGGUUCCUGUAGAUGGUCCUGAACACAAAGGGGCUCUUCUUACGAGUUCGGGUGAAUUCGCUGUUCCAUUAAUUGAUCACCAAGCAUAUAAAGAAGUGAAGAAAGAAAAGCCUCCUUUUGUGCCCCAGGAUGAUCCAGUUCCUGAACCAGAAGCUGAAAUUCCAGAGGAACUACUAUGUAUGGUGUGCAAAGAUCUGUUGCAGGAUGCUGUUUUGAUUCCAUGUUGUGGAAAUAGUUUUUGUGACGAAUGUGUCCGUCAAGUACUUUUAGAAUCAGAUAAUCACGAGUGUCCUGUUUGCCACGAUAUCGAUGUUUCACCAAAUACUUUGAUUCCGAAUCGUUUUCUGAGAACAGCUGUUUUGAAUUUCAAGAAUGAAACUGGUUACACUAGAGUAAAAAGGGCCGCUUUUAUGAAGCCAUCACCUAUACCUGAGCGAAACUUAUCUCCCCAACCUUCUCCAGAUUCAACCGUAGAAAGUCAAUCCCAGAUGGAGACAACUUCUAGAGUGGAAAUUAAAACUGAAAUAUUGGAACCAGAAAAGAAGACUUCUGAAACUGAAAAUAAACCAUUAGAGCAAGAAACUCCAUCUACAGAAGGAGAUGCUCUUAAAGUUGAUACAGGUAGCAUUGCUUCUGGAAAUAGUGCUGAAAAACCUCGUACACCAGACUUAAAGCUAGAUGAUGAUUCUCAAAAUAUUUCUCAACCUGGAACACCAUUGGCAGAUGAACCUGCUGAUAAUGAUGUAAGUGAUAAUAGGCCAAUACAAGCCAUUAAUCAAGAUCAAUAUACUAACAAAAGGAACUACGAUUAUCCCGGGCACUCGAGGUAUGGCCGUGGCCAUCGUGACAAUUAUCGGCGACAUAAAGAAGAUUCUCCUGAAGUUCGAGCUAUCAGCACAAUUGAGACUAUUGGUACUACGCGAGGCAGAUAUGGAACAAGACCAUUUCGGCAACAUUUCACAAGUCAACGUGAUGAUAGAGGCGAUUCUUAUGGUCAAGAUGAGGACUAUCAUGGCCGUUAUGAUAAAAGACAUCAUUCAGACAGAGGUGGUUCGCAGAAAACACAUAACACCCAUUAUGACAGGCCACCAAGAAUGUCAAGAUACCAUCCAUCUGGAAAUGUUCAUCAUUAUUCUGAGAGUGAUCAUUCCCGCCAUGAUUCUCCGUACAACCUUCCUCGCCAUAACGAAGAACCAAUGCACAAGCAUCAAGACAGAUAUAGGUCACCACCCCAUUCUGUGCCUAUUCCUGCUGCUUUGCCACCUCCAGUUUUCCCUCCUCCUCCUAGUGUUCCUUUACCUCCUCCAGCAGUUAUUGCAGCUCCACCUGUAUAUCCCCCACAACCACCUCCACCAGGUGCAUCUCCUAUUGACACCUCACAUUUGGGAGCUCAACCACCUCCUCCAGGUGUUGGACCUUUGAUGCCACUACCUCUUACAAGUGAAAACCAACCUUAUAUGAGCCGUCGUUAUGAAAGUGAAGAUCCUUUAAAAGACUCUAAAAAGGAUGAAAGGAGUAUUGAUGAUCGUUUGGAGGCUUUCCAGCGUGAGCUUGAAAAGCGUGAUCGAAAAGAUAACAGAGAUCGUUUGUCACGUAGCAGGAGUCGAAGUUCUGGCCGUCAUAGAUCCCGAUCAUAUUCGUCUUCAAAAUCCUGGUCUCAUUCGGCAAGCCGAAGUUUGUCAAGAACUCCAAGAUCGAGGUCUCGUACACCUUUCUCUAGUAGAUCGAGAUCACGCUCUUAUUCCUACUCUAGAUCAAGAUCUUGGUCAAAGGUCAGAUCUUAUACCAGAUCCCGUUCUCGCUCCAGGACGAAGUCCAGAUCUAGAUCGAGAUCAAGGGUUAGACGAAGGAGAUAUUCUCGUGAGAGGCCGCGCUCUCCAAGACCUCGUUCAAGAAGUAAAUCCUAUUCUCCCAAAGAAUAUCGUGCCCCUUCCCACAGAAGCCUUCCUUAUUCUGGAAAGCACUCAUAUUCUUCACCCCAGUAUGUUAGUUCAUAUCAAUCACAAUAUGGACAACCCCCAAAUAUUCUCCCAUUGCCUGUUAUGAGGCCUCCACCUUAUCAUAUUCAUCCAAUUCUUCCUGUUCAGCCAAUGCAUACUCGACCUAUGGAUCAUUAUCCUGUUGAUAGAGCUCCUAAGUAUGCUUCGUUAAAUGAUCAAUAUCCUGCCUAUGAUUCAUAUCCUACUCACAAGUAUCAAAGAUAUGACAGAGAGCAAAGAGGAUAUGAGAAAACUGGAAGUUAUGAUAAAAAUAUUAGAUAUGAUAAAAGGCAGGACUAUUCUAGACACGAGGAUGAGGAGGCUCCUCAUAGAAUCCCUGGUUGGGUUGGUGAGAGGCCAAGGGAAUAUAAACCAAAAUAUGGAAGACCUAGAGAUCAAAGAAAAGAAAUAAAAGAAUUACCCAAAAUCCCUGAGCAUGAAAUGAGAGUUCUGCAUUCAAAAGAACUUGAUAAUGAGCCUUCUUCUAAAGAGAGAUUAAAAGAAGAAAGAAAAGCUUCAAAACCUGCUAAAGAGAAAGAAGAAAAAGUCAUUAAGCAUAAGAAGCAUCAUCACCAUCAUAAGAGCAAGGAUCUUAAAAAACAAGAAACUAAGGUUACUUCUUCUGCCAAUGUUGAGAAGGAGGCAGAUCUAUACAGAAGUAAAACAGAAGAAUUUGAAAAUGAAGAGAACAAUGAAGUGCCUGCUGUUGAGGCUAAGGUAACUAAAGCUGCAGAAAAGGUGAAAGAUAAGAAACACAAACAUAAGAAGCACAAAGUUGGAGAACAAACUGUUAAGAAAAAGAAAACUGCAAAGAAGGAGAAGGGUGAAGCAGUAACAAGUACUAACACAGAUGUACCUACAAAGGUAAAGAAAAAGAAGACUAAAAUUAAACAGCCACCACCUGAAAGUAAUAUUGAAGAACACGAAGUGAAGCUUGAAAAGGCUCCAUCACCAUUACCUGAGUCAGUAGAACCUGCAGUUGAUCCUGCAGAAGCUGUUGUUCCUACUUCUGAAACUGAAGCAGUUGACAAAUCUCUGGAAGAACCUGAAUUGAAGAUUCAGGUUGAUAGUGAGACAGCUGAAUUCAUCACAGAAGAACUAAAUGAAGAAGACAUUAAUGAAACUGAAAUGAAAGAUGAAAAUGAUGCCGCAGAAACUGGACAUAUUGAAGAAACUGUUAAUAGCGAAGAAGAAAUUGAAGAGGAAGAAGAGGAGGAGGAUGUUCUUAGAGUAGAUGUACCCGGUUUAUCUAAGUGGGAACGUGAUAGUGGAGCUGAGGAUGUUGAGGAAGAUGCUGUGAGACCUCAAAGAAGAAGCUCUGUAGUUGUUUCAAAGGAAGAAACACUUCCCUCUGAAAUAAUUCAAAAAGCUGAGAAAGUGUUCCUUUCCCACCAAAUGAAGCCUAGAAUUGACACAAAAGAUGAAAGUGAUGAUUCAAAAGAUUCUAGUGAUGAGUCUAGUAGUGAAGCAUCUCCUGUCAAGCAAAAAGACGGUGUCGAAUUGAAAAGUGUUGUCAAGACAGAACGCCUACCCAAAAGUGAACUUCGUGUAAUUGUUUCUAAAGAAAAGCGAUCUGUUCAUUCCAGAAAGGAAGAUAGUGGUGCAAGAGACGAGUCCCAAUCUAGAAGAUACCAGCGUGACAAUAGGGGUCACAGUACCCGGCAUAGAGAUGACGAUAUUGCUCCUCGGAGAACCAUAACUUUGCAUUCUUCAAAUGCAGACGAGAAAUACAGAGAGCCAAGAGAACGGGUUUCUCAGCGUAGAGACAGAAGAUACAGUCCUAAGCGGGAAAUUGUCACGGGCAGGAGCAGUUCUAGGGACCAUAGCUAUAGGCAUGAGUCGGGAUACAGGGAUAAUGAUACGAUUCGAAGGGAAGAAAGAAGGCGGAGGUUUGCGGAACCUGAACCUAGGCAUGACAGGCAAAUUGAACAUAGUCGAUUAAUUGAAAGGUCUGAUAGAAGAAGAGCCCAUGAUGAUGGUGUAUCUUACUCAAAAAAUAAAAGAGAGGUUCGGUCGUCUGAACAACCACGCAAAUCGGUUAAACAUCGAAGGUCUCGUUCAAAAAGCUUUGAAUCUUUAGAUAGCUCUAAUUCAUACAGCAAGAGAAACGAAAGAUCUAAUUUAACAAUUAAAAGUAAGGAGCAGCAUCGUGAAAGAAAGGAUGAUGAUCGAGCCCGAGCUGAACGAAGUGAAUCCUUGCGAAGAAAACAUUCCCCGAUUAAACCCCCAGAAAAACACUCCAAGCCUAGUCGUAAAGAUGACUUUGAUGCUCUGAAAUUUGAACCUGAUUAUGAUGAAUUUAGUGAUGUAGAGGAAAAAGAACCAGAGAAAGAACGCUCUAAAAGAAAAAGCGCAACACCAGAUACUAGUAGAAAGCGGAUAAAACUGGAAAAGGGUGAUGAAUCUAUCAGCAGAAGGAUUACAAGGCAUAGCAUUACCAGUAGUGCUAGUUCUUCAGCGGUCAGUGCAAGUGAUUCGUCUGAUUCUGAUGAUCAGAAAGUUAGCAAGAGUAAAAAUUCAGAUUCUGAACACAAGCAAAAGCAUAAAAAAUCACGUCAUAAGAAGCACAAGAAGCAUAAGCACAAGCAUAAAAAGAAGAAAAGCCACAAAUCAAAAAAGAGUGAAUAAAGUUAUUUGAGAAUUGGGACUUGCUUAUCUCAGUAACCUAAAUAUUUGAUAAAACAAUUUGUAUAUAGUGUGAAAUUUAUUUUUCUCACCUCAAUAAACAAUUUCCUAAAUGAUAUGUUAAAAAAAUGAGUCUGACUCAUUAUAUUAUACUAUAUUAUAUUGCAUAAGAACUGGAAAUUACAUCAUUUUGCUCAUAUUUAUAACCAAAGUAUCCAGUGUAGUAUUCUUAUUAGUACCUUCAAAUGGAUGCAUUAUUGAUAAAAGAAACUGACUCUCACAGAGUUACAAUAUUUAUAAGAACAAGUACUUGUUAAUUUGUGUUUUUCUAAUUUCUUUCUCGUUUUAGAGAAAAUUGUGUGCCGAAAUCACUCAUAAUCUUUCAAACUUAAGGAACAAGACGAAGAUUUUUCGACAGUCAAGUUGUGCUUUAUGGACAAAAAGCUGUGAUAAUUCUUGGUUAAAAUGCUAGGUGUUUUUAAACACUUUUUGUAAACUAGUCUGCUUGAAAAAUGAUCGACAGUUAUGCUAAGUGAAGAAUCACUUAAGAGAAUGAAUGAAGUCCAAAUGUCUACUCAUUUGUCUAACUGCAUGUUUUGUUAAAUUUUUGUUAUUAUUUUUAUUCCAUUUUACUUACAAGUGUUUUACUCUUUGUUUGAGAAUUGAUUGUGAUUUGUGUACAAAAUAAUAAUAAUUAAAAUAGUUGUUGAUAUAUUAGUUGCCAAGAAUUGAUCGUGAUAACCUACAUAUAUAUGUCAGUGGCAUUACCAUUUUAAUGAUAAAAAGACUGAAGUAUAUAAUAGGACUCUCAAAUCAUGGAAUAAUAUUUUAUCUUAAUCAAUAACAGGGCACCCAAAUAGAUUCCCUUUUAUUCUAUAAGUCUGUUUCUUCCCCUUUGGUGCUUUUUUAUCAGUUCCCCCCCCCCCCCCCAAUGAAAAUAAAUCAGCCAAAUGAUCUCUUUCUCCUGUUUGAUUAUUAUUUUAAAUAUAAAGCAAAAAUUCGAGUAUUAUAUUCCUUGCAAAAAAGGGGGAAGAGUAAUAAGCUAAUUAAAUUUAUCAAUUAACGUUUAGAAACAGUUCACUCAUGAUAUAUAUUUUUGUCGCUUUGAAAUAUUCAUAUGUCAUUUCUUUAUUUAAAUUAAUACUACUAAUAAAACUUUAAAAUUUACAUUAAAUUACAAUUGUUUCAAAUAUCUGAUUUUAUUUACAGUAUUUGAGAUUACAGAAUUUUCAAGGUUAAUUUUAUGGAUUAAUAAUGGAUUAAUUUUAUGGAGAAUAUAACUUAGUAUAAAAUUUUUAUAUUCAUGGAUUUAGGGGGCAUUCGCUUAUUUUUCAAAUUUCGGUAAUAAAUUUUGUGGGAUGGAAUUUUCAAAUUCAAAAUUUAAGAUUGGUUUUUUAAAACAAUGACUGAAUUUUGUACUUAGAAAAGAUACCAUCCACGAAAUUUUCUUUUGAUUUGAAAUUAUGAAAGCACUUGUUAAUUAAUUAAAAAAAGUCUUGAACCUAAUUACUAAUUCUAACAAAAGUAUUGAAUCAAGAGAAUUAUCUAAUAUUCCCCAUUCAUUUAUUUUCAUUCUGUGCAUGAGUCAUGCUUAUAGGUACUAUAUUAUGUAUAUAAUAUUGUGUCUAAAAAUAUGAUUACAUGUUAAAGAAUGUUAUUUUUGUAUUGAAAAAUAAUUAGUAAUUGAAAAAAAUUUGGUUCUAUUUUUACCCCUCUUUGAUUGGAAUAUCUGUUGGGACCCUAUAGAUAAUUUGAUUACUCAUUGCUAUAAUAAGAACAAUAUAAAUUUUAACUAUUUAAAAUAAAUUGAGGUGCCCAGGCUAAGAAUAAUUGAUCUCAACUGACAUUUGAAUUGCUAGAUCUCUGUAUGACUAGAAAAGUUAGUUUUUUUCUAUGGGCCAAUUUUUAUGGUGGAAAAAGAAAGCUUUCCCGCAUUCGAUUUCAUAUAAUACUUCAUCAUAUGAAAUAUGGAUGGUGUGAGUACACUGUCAUACAUUUUUCUCAAAAUUUGAAGUUGAUAGAGAUAUCCUAUUUUUUUCAGGGUGCCUCAAUUUCCCGUUACGCUUGGUAAAAUUAUAAAACAAAAUGUUGCAGAAAAUUUUUUUAGGAACUUACAUCACCUUCUUAAUUAUAAGAGAGAUCCAAUGUUUCAUGAAUUCAAAAAACAUUUGAAGUGGUAUUUACAAAAAAAUUAAAACGCUGCAUAAACAACUAAGCUGUAAGUUACAAAUUUAUAACUCACGAUUUCAUAGUGUUUGCAUGCUCUGACAAUUUUUGAGUUGAAAUAGCAAUUUUAUUUUAGAUGUCUAAAUUUAAACUUUUUUUUUCAAACAAGCUUUCAGAAGCAAUAGUGAUUUAGUUUAACCCAUAGCUAUCAAUACUCUUUUCACAUUGUUUAACUUCAAAAAGUUAAAAUUCUAUAGUGGGAACACAUCCACAAAGUUCAGAACAGCUCUUAAAUUGUUCAAUGUAAUGAACUAAAGUUAAACAACUCUUGAGAUAUCUAACUUUAAUAAAGAUGCAAAUAAUUGGAUAACACAAAGCAAUUUGAAAGAAAUUUCAAUGACUUGCUGAAAUAAAUAAUGUUAUUUUUUUCCCAACUAAACUAGGUUUUAAAGUUAAUGCUAUAUUCUGUAUUAUGUUACGUCCUUAGACAAUGUUUUGUUGGAUCUGACUGAAUAAGUAAACACUAAAUAUCUAACUAUGCAAUUAGAAAGCUAGCAUGUAUGUUUCUAAUAUUUUUUUUAAAAAAGAAAUAUAUGUAUUUGUUUUUUUAACUAUUAUGUAUUACAGUUUUAGUUUAUCGGAGAAAUACCAUGAGCAAAAAUGUACCCAUGUUAUCUGUCAUUUGUAUUGUAUGUUCAUAAAGUGUUAUAUUUCA